GAGAAUUAUAAUAAAUACCUACUAAUGACUCUUAAAGCUAUUUUUGGAGCCUUCUUACUAUUCACAUCUGUUGUGAUGGCCGUCAACUAUGAACCAGUGUUUGAGCUCAAGAAGCCUGGUGCUCAAUCCACCCUUACUUUCUUGAAGGGAGACCAAGAUGGAUUUGUUGGUGUCUCUGUUGAUCAUGCUAAGAGUUCAGUGAAUCACCUUGACUCAAUAGUAGGAGUGUGCUAUGAGACUCAAGGAGAUAGCCAAAAUACUCCAGUCGAAGGAUCACUAGCAUUCGGAUUUGAAUCAGUUUGUAUGGCUUAUUACACAGUAGAGAUGGCUUGUUUGGAAGGUCAGACCUCUGGAUCCGUCAAGUUCCUCAACUCCACUGUAGAAGAACGUGAUGGAACACUUUUCUGGAUUGGAAAUAAAGACAACUUCUACGAAUAUCAAAUCCCUGCUGAAGAUUUUGAAAGAAAAUUCCCUGACAUAACCACCCAUUAUGAUCUAUCGUCAAUUUUCAAAAGCACAGGCCUACCUCACUUCCAGAGCUCCCAAUCCUUCAGAUGUUUCCUUGGUGGAACUUUCAACGAAUUGAGCCCUCUCUACAGAGAUGUUGACCUUUCCAAGUACCAUGAAUUCAGCAUCACCACCGGUUCUACUUCUCCAAGUUUGUUUUUAAAACAUUAAAAUGUGACAGUCAAUCUG